AUGGAUAAUGAUGAGAAUCGUGAAGAGGAUGUUCCAUCAGAUAACGAUGAAAAUGGGGCAGAAACAUCAAAAAAUCAAAGAAGUGUAGCUUGGAAGUAUUUCACUGAAAUGAGAAAGGACGAUAUUAAAUGUGGGAAAUGCAAUUAUUGUGAUGCCGUAAUGCAGAUAAGAAAAGGUACGACAACUCCGCUGUUCAAUCAUCUAGCAUCGGCACAUCCAGACGUUGCUAUGCUCUGUGAGGCGGAGAGGAAGAAAAGAAAGCAGGAAUCUGACCAUCACGCACAUUCGAAAAGGCAGAGGAGACAGAUGAGUCAAACAAAAAAGAAGAAAAUUGACGAACUGAUCACAGAAAUGAUUGUUCUCGAUCUCGAACCCUUCUCAGUUACUAUGCUCCUCUUGAUCGUACACACAUAUCUAGAGAUCUCCUGCCAGAACUCUAUGAAAAAACCAAAAGAGCUGUUGAGGAAGAACUCAAGAACGAUGUGGAAAAAGGAAUUAAUUGCCUAUCAUUCACCACUGAUGGCUGAAAGUCAGCAACAGGUCAUUCCUACUUNAGAACUCAAGAACGAUGUGGAAAAAGGAAUUAAUUGCCUAUCAUUCACCACUGAUGGCUGGAAGUCAGCAACAGGUCAUUCCUACUUGUCACUUACAGCUAGUUAUGUCACUUCUACUUUCGAGCUGAAGAACUUUACGUUGGGAUUAGAAAAUUUACUGAAAGAGCACACUGGACGCAACCUGAGAGAUACUUUGGAGGCCAUGCUCAGCGAAUGGGCUUUGUCUGAUUUAACUAACGUUCCAAAGUAUUUCGUGACUGACAAUGCUCGUAAUAUUACAUCAGCAAUUUCUGCAGGUGGAUGGAAUAGUGUGUACUGUUUUCCACAUACUGUCAAUCUUGCCCUUCAGGACGUUAUACAAGGCAUCCCGGAAUUGAACGAAAUGCUCACAAAGGUUCGUAGGAUAGUCACUCACUUCAAUCACUCUGAUCCCGCUAGAAGAGCAUUGAAGAAUGCUCAACUUGAAAGAGGAGUUCAAAAUCCCUUAUCGUUAGUUCAAAUGGUGGUCACGAGAUUCAACAGCGAAUACCUAAUGUUACACCGAGUUGUAGAGUUGAAACAAUCCCUCCCAGUAGCGAUUUCAAAUACUACUCUGAAAGAAACUAUUAGUGGUCUUGAAUGGAUUGAACUGGAGAGAGUAGUGAAGGUACUCGAGCCAUUGGUCAUUGCGACGGAGAAGGCUUCAGCGAAGAAGACACCCACCUAUUCCAUGAUCAUUCCAUUGAUUCGGGGAAUGAUUCAUAAAUUGGAGAAGCUCUCCGCGGACUGGAUAUCUGAGACACCAUCGCGAAGUCUAGCUGAAGGAUUGAUUGAGUCAAUCACAGCCAGAUUCCCGCAGUUGAAUGAGCAAAAAGUGGCUACAUUCCUCGAUCCCAGGUGCAAGGGGGCUCUUUUCACACAGGAAGUGCAGAAAGAAGUAGAAGAUGCGAUUUUGGAGGAGAUAGAGGAAGAGUUCGUAUGCAGUAGUCAAUCGUCAAGCAGCCAAAAGACAUUGAGCGGCAGUCAACAGUCCCAGCAGUCAAACGCAUCCGAUUUUUGGGACUUUAUCGACGUCAUCCGUGGGAAUCAGUCUACAUCAGGGGAUCAAGAGUCUGCCACACGUCAAGAGAUCGCUGGUUAUUCAUUGCUUCCACCUUUAAAGAAGGGAGACGAUCCUCUUGAUUGGUGGCGAAGUAAUUCUACAGUAUUUCCCAAUUUGGCGUUCCUGGCCCGUAGAUAUCUCAGUAUCCCCGCCUCUUCCGUCGACA